AUGUCGUCCGUUACCGAAACCUUCUUCCCCCGUCUCAAGGAGAUCCUCGACCAGGAUCCCUCAGCUGCCCAGAGGCUGAAACUGGAAUGUGGUAUGUGCAUGGAAGAUAUGCUGAUCAAUGAGGACGUCAGGGUUGAGCAACGUGGAAAUGUCACCUACGUCUCUCACAAUGCGUACAUUCUCCCCUGCGGUCACAUUUUUGGCAUCACCUGCGUGCUCAAGCUCAAGGAAAAUUCCAUUACUGUGAGAGACCCAGAGUACCAGUGCCCUAAUUGUCGCGCGCCUAUGUACUUCCACUCAUGUGGAUGCCUGAGCACCGUAGGAGCGGUACUCAAUACUGAGGGAGACAAGUAUCAAAAGAUGUGUGAAGAAGUCCGGACGUUGAAUUUCAGGAACUCGUCUUGCCGCAAGUGCAGACUCGCGGAAAUCUACGACGACAUGUUCGAGUCGAACUUCGAAGUAUCAGGAGGCGUUCAGAUCGAACCCUCUGAGAUGCAAAGACGUAAACUGAGUGGAAUCCCACUGGCGAUGCUGUUGUUCAGGAAUAGUGAAGGGUGGGCAAUUUCCGAAGUUCAUGUCUUCGACAGACGCUAUGUGGACCAUGAAAUGAGUGAUCGCCUACGUACUCGCUUGGAUGCCUUCAUAAACGACAUUGUCACGUCUGACGAGAGUAAUAAGACUUACAUAUCUAUGGAGCUCGCUAUGGUGGAUCCACCGCUGGUAGGCAUGCGAGGUUGUGCAGAUACAGAGAUGAAUCUUGAAAUAUUUGACCGUCUCUAG